GUAGUCCGUGAAACUGGUCGGUACUACACGAGCUGGACCACGGAACGAGUCCCCUAGGAGCGCUGGGGUCGUCGAUCAUACGCUUAGUACCCCUGAGUUGGUGGCUGAGCGCGGUCCCCCCACUCAGCACCCGAAGAAGCUCAUGAGCAACGCAGUCGCCGAACGCAAACAGUCGCGUGACGGACACUCUGCCUCCGAAUCCAAUAUCUCGGCGCUACACAACGAUGUGAAUCUCGAAGGGCAGAUACGCAUUGAGUCAAAGGAGCACUGCGGACACGGCGACGAUAGCACGGUAUCCUGCACACGCCGAUCGCCUGGUGCCUCCCGCCAUUUGGUGUUUCACACGAUGCACCAAGCACGAGACUUAGUGAUGCAGCGGCAGCGCGCCUGGCAGGACAAGGCUUCAAAAGUCAACACGGGAUUUACCUAUAAGAAAUCAAAAUUAUGUUCAUCGGAGGUGGAAAGCCCAGUUGCUCGACAAAUCCGGGACAUACAUAGCGAUAUGCGCUCGAGUGCGCGUAUCAUUAAAGAUUCACGUCUCAGGCUGCUCGAGCUGCAGAAGAAACCCGUGCUGUCUGACGGGGAUGUGAAGGAGCUCAGCGACCGACACGAGUUGCUGCUGCGCGAGAUGGAGCGUUUCGGUCGACUAACACAAAACGUGCAGCGCCUCGUUGCCACCGAGGUGCAAGUGCGCACCAAGUUGCGUAAAUCACCAAGAUUUUGCAACGACUUAAUGCCGACUUUCGAAACGUCACUGCAGCACGAGAUGAAGAUGAACCACCCGACAGUGGUGAUGGGCCGCAGCCCGCCGCGUGCUAAUACGUCCGGUGCCGCCAGCUCCUGCCACAGAUCCGAGAUUGACCUCACGCGGAAGCUGAGCGAAAGUUACGACAUGCAGGAGAAGCUGGUCGCGGACAACGCCGACUUAGAGGUCAAGAGGUACAUUCUGUACAAGGAGUUAAUGACGAAGGAUCAGAACCUGGAAACCUGUCGAUCGCAAGUGAAUCGUCUGCAAGGGGAGUUAAAAUUGAUGAGCAAGGAGAAUGCGAUGCUGCAUGAGCGCAUCAAUAAAUGUAACUCUGAGGGCGAUGCCACUGCGAUGAACCAAGAAUUUUCCAUCAAACAGAAAUUAGAUUCUUGCUGUCCGACUCAAGAUAAAUCUGGAAAUCAACAGCUCGUUGCCAAACUCGAGACAUAUAAAUCUUCUACACUACACCUUGAGAAGCAGUUAGGGGGUUUGGAAAUAGAGGUCCGCCACGCACGCGUCGAGAUGGAACAGAUAAAAGCAGCGGCGAUGGCCACAUCCUUCGCUGGUGCCGGAGGGCCCUCGUGCAAGAACGCCAAGGGCGCCAAUACCUGCUUCGACCAACCGCCCGGAGGGCCACCGGUGCCGCCUAUGACCAAGGCUUGCGGCGUCUGCCCCCCAUGUCCAGCACCCUGCAACCCCAACGCCCCGCCGACUCCGGCUGAAAGGGAAGUUGCACGGCUUACUCUUCAACUGCGCCAGACUGAAGAAAACUUUAAAACUAAAGUUACAGAAUGCGCUAUGUUAAGAUCGGAAUUCAUGAAGAAAAAGGAGGAAUUAGAGAAGGAGCGAUGCUUACAUCGCGAAGCACAGAGCAAGCUGCGUGACCUCGAGAUGCGGUUCGAGCGUCUGACUACACACACCAACAUGAUGCUCGGCACCAAAGAGCAGGCCUUAGAGACAGAAAUGAACGUCCGUGCGCUGAAGCAGUGCUAUCGCGAGGCGCGGGAAGAGAUCGAUGAGCUGCGCACUCUAGUCAAAGAGCAGAACGAUCAGUUGCAGGACUACAGGGUCAAGUACAUGCAAGCGCAACAGUUAGUUGAAGAGCAGAAACGGCAAAUAGAACUAAUGGACAUGGAUAACACUAGGAUCAGUGAGCAGAUCAAUCUCGAGAUUCAACGGGUCAAGCUUAAGUUCCAAGAAAAGUUACAAGAGUUAGCCCCGAUUCCGGAUUUGCUUAAGUCGACACAGAUGCGGUUAAAAGACUCGCAGCAAGCGCAGGCCAUCGCCGAGCACAACGCUGAGCAGCUCGCGAGGGAGCUUAAUGUUGCGCGCGAGAAGGUGCAUAUGCUGCUACACAAUAGCGUGAAGCCGCCUGAGAAGCCUGCAGAACGUAACCCCGAUGAGAAGCAGAUAACGCAAUUGAACCAACGCGUUUCGCAGCUCACGGAGAGCAACUUGGCGUUGAAAGCAGAGAUCGAAAGACUCAAAGCCAAUGUCAUACGCAUGGAGGAAGCUGUAUUAGUGAACGAGAAGCGGCUGCAGGAGAAAAUGCACGAAUGCGCGCAACUGGGCGGCGAGUUGGACCGCUCACGCGAUGAAGCUGCGCGUGCUUUGCAGCGUGCCAACGAGCGUCUGGAGACUAACAAGAAGUGUCUCCAAACUACCGUGGCGGAGUUAGAAAGACAAUUAGCAGCGUCUAGAGCUCAAGUGAGAAACGCAGAGAAAGAACGCGAACAAUUGCAAUGCCGCAUGUCGUGUCAAAUAAAGAGGUUGAACGAGAACUUUGAGCAGGCACAGCUUCGCAUCAUGGGUCUGACGACGCAAGUACAAACGCUGCGGCACGCCACCUCAAGCACGGGCGACGGAGACGCCGACCCCAAUGAGACCGAAUGCCUCUGCAAGACCAUGUUCCAAGAUCCUUGACGACCGACAAACUGAACCACCUUUAAUUUGUUUCUUAUUUGCUCUUUGACCGCGUUACGGGAGUUAUAGGGAUAGAAAUUUUCUUUUUUGUACAAAAUGCAUGCGUGUUUUUUCUUUCAUCUUUGUCAUUGUGGAAAUACUGGAAUGUGUAUUCGAGCCGUCGCGCAUCACCUCGGCCCAUCAAAUCUGUAGAACUUAUAAGUCUCGGCACUGUGGUACAACUAAACUGUGGACUACAAACUGCAAAUAUCACGGCUAGACAUAACAUAAAUUGUAUUCUUAAUCAAUUUUUUGGGAUUGUGAGCCCAAGUUGGAAGAUGAACGCGUCUCGAAUAGCUAACGUGCUUUCUACAGACAAACAUUAUCUUUUAGCAUGUUGGCCUGUGAUGGUUCAAAACUCUAGGAUUAUAGCUCAUUAAACAAAAUUUUUGGCAUGUCUAUGUACAGAACAGAAUGAUGAUAACAAAUAACAAUUAAUAUUUAAUUGUUUGAGUUUUUAUUGGGCAUUAUUUUACCAACUAACGUUAUUUUAAUUUCGCUCUCGAUUGUUGUACGGAGUUGCCGGUCGCUUCUUUUACACAAAAAUCAAUCUGUUUAUAUCGCGUUCAAAUGUACCGGUGAAGGGUUGUGGCACAUUACCUAUGUUACCGGAGUGGCAUCGCCUGCU